AUGCCUGAGGAUCACUAUCAUUCUUCCAGGCAGCGAUCACGCUCGCCAGGUCGCUCAAGACGUGACCAUGAGCAUCGUCAAAAGAGACGAAGUCGAUCUCCAGCUCCGGUUCAGCUGCCCAUGAAUGCGCGUGCCCUUGUCAAACAUGACCUGAAGGAGUUUAGAAGACUGUUUGCUCUGUAUCUUGACAUUCAGAAGCAGAUUGACAUAGACGAGCUGGAUGAGACUGAGAUCAAAGGUAGGUGGAAGUCAUUCUUAGGGAAGUGCGAGCAGGNNAAUCGAGCCGAAUUAGCAGAAGGCUGGUAUGAUCCUGUGACCAAAGAGAAGGCCGACCGCGCCGCUUCCGAAGCAAAGACGACACGUCGCAGCCCGCCCUUGAGAGAUCGACCAGAACAGGAUUACCCUCAGCAUGAGCAACAAGCAACUGCUAGCCAGCCGGUUGCCGACCAUGACGACAGUGAGGACGAGUAUGCGCCUUCGCUACCGACUAAUAUAGCUUGCGUUGGACCUGCAGUACCAUCCAUCCAGGAUCUGCAAUAUAGAAAUGAUGAAACCGCCCGCCGACAAGACCUACGUUUCGACCGAAAGAUGGAUCGAAAGUUGCAAAAGGAACGAUUAGAGGAGCUCAAUCCACGCGCCGAACCAGGCUCCCGAGAACGCCAACUCGAGAAGAAGCGCGAGAAGGCUGUUACGAAUCGUGCGUUCCGCGAAGAGAAGUCUCCGGGAGCCGAGGAGGUUGGCGAGGGCGAGCUGAUAGGCGGCGAGGACGGCAUCAAGGCUCAUCUCCAAGCCACCCAGCGCAAAAAGUCGGAACGUGAAUUGAGAAAGGAAGAGAUUCUUCGUGCUCGCGAGGCCGAGCGAGAGGAAAGACUUGCACACCACAGAGCCAAGGAAAACAAGACCAUGGAGAUGCUCAGAAACCUCGCCAGACAACGCUACGGCUGA